CAAACUGCAUGUCGAGAAAGAACGUCAUCUGCCUCAUACAUUUAGCUUUUAGCCACAAUUAGCUAGUCGUUCAAAUCACAGAUAGCCUUACAUUUUUUGAAACGACUGUUUGUUCGUUAACAACCACGUAGCGGUUGUUAUUUUUUUGCGCUUCCCGUGUCUACAGUGCCAAACAUGUACGUAGAAGCCUUAUUCCGAUGCGGGGACACACUGAAAGCCGGAGCUGGUCGUGUGAAAUGCAGGCUAGCCUAAUCAGAGCUAGCUGACGAGCAAAAGGGGGGGCCGAGAAGCGAAAGUGGCUAAACCUUAACGAGAGAUAAGCCUAUCACAACACGCCCUGGGUACUUUAACAAACCUGCCAGCUGAAGCCACAAGACAAGGACCGAUAUAGCAAGUUCGUAAAGAGACAGAGCCAUGGGUGCGUUCCUGGACAAACCCAAGACGGAGAAGCACAACUUACACGGCGAGGGAAAUGGCCUUCGCUUCGGACUCAGCUCCAUGCAGGGCUGGCGGGUGGAGAUGGAGGACGCUCAUACAUCUGUGUUGGAACUUCCUGCUCCUGGAAUGACUGACUGGUCCUUUUUCGCUGUGUACGAUGGUCAUGCUGGAUCAAGGGUCGCCAACUACUGCUCUAAGCACCUUCUAAAACACAUAAUCAGUGCCAGCUUAGAGGCUGGAGCAUCACAAAGCGGUUCAGAUAGCUCCAACAACGACCACCCAGCCUCAGUUCCUCCUACAGUGGAGGCUGUGAAAGCUGGGAUCCGGACAGGCUUCCUGAGGAUUGAUGAGCACAUGCGUAGCUCCUCUGACCUUCGCAAUGGCAUGGACCGAAGUGGCUCUACAGCAGUGGGAGUCCUCCUGUCCCCGGAUCAUUUCUUCUUCAUUAACUGUGGGGAUUCCCGAGCAGUUUUAUACCGCAAUUCACAUGUGUGCUUCUCCACACUUGACCACAAGCCUUGCAACCCUCGUGAGAGAGAGCGGAUCCAGAAUGCAGGCGGCUCAGUGAUGAUUCAGAGGGUUAACGGGUCACUGGCCGUAUCCCGGGCCUUGGGGGACUACGAUUACAAGUGCGUGGAAGGCAAGGGCCCAACAGAGCAGCUGGUCAGUCCAGAACCGGCUGUGUUUGAGAUGGUUCGGUCCCCAGAACAGGACCAGUUUGUGGUCCUAGCAUGUGAUGGCAUCUGGGAUGUCAUGUCCAACGAGGAGCUGUGCGAGUUUGUGAAAUCUAGACUUGAGGUGUCUGAUGACCUGGAGAGGGUCUGCAAUGAAGUAGUGGACACCUGCCUGCACAAGGGGAGUCGGGAUAACAUGAGUGUUGUGUUAGUGUGUUUGGCCAGCGCUCCCAAAGUGUCAGAGGAAGCCAUGAGGAAAGACGCUGAACUCAACAAAUACCUGGAGUCUCGAGUGGAAGAGAUGUUGUCUCGGCCAGGAGAGGAGGGGUUUCCGGACCUGGUAACAGUGAUGAGGAACCUUUCCACCGACAGUGGCAUGCCCACCCUGCCACCAGGGGGAGGCCUGGCAAGCAAACGCAGUGUUAUUGAAGCAGUUUACAACCGUCUAAACCCAUACAAGGAGGAAGAUGGGAAUGGAGCAGAUUUGGAGUGCCACUGGUAGCUUCCCAGCACAACUGCCCGACCCAAACAGGAAAAAAAAGAAAAGAAAAAAAAACAGGACCACUUUCCACACAAGAUCACAUCCAUAGUCACCUUUUAAUUUCCUCUGGGAUCUUUUUUUUUUUUUUUUUCACCCACACUGAGCGAUCAAUCAAAGACGAAAUCCUGCUUUUAAAACAAAACAACACACCCGUUGUGGAGGACUCACAACCGGUUUCAUUUGUUCUUUUUGUAGAAUACAACAGGGAAAUAAAAAGGAAGAACUGAAGUGAUGUUCUGAGAGCAGUACUACAUAUACCAUAUAGAGAUCAGAGAAGAGGCAAAUGAGCACAGAUUUCUAUUGGCUCUUGUUUUUUUAUUGCUUACUUUGUGGUGGUUGUUUUUGUGUUGGAUUGACGGAGACUACUUUGAACGCUUUGGUGCUCGUCUAAGAACUGAGAGAGAGAGAGAGAGGGAGAGAGACACAACCCAACAGCUGCUCAGCAAAUCAUUACUAAACCAGCUACUUAUGGAUAAGAUGCGAGACUCAAGCAGUUCGUCUGCUGCAUUUUUUUUGGCAUUAUUUGUUUUGAUUAGUGAACCUCACUGGCAACAUUGGACCGCACCAGCCUCCGACUCCCACCUCUCCAGUUCAGACAGGCUUGGGGUCCAGAACAUUACUGGUACUCAUAAAGAGGCCCCGGAGCAAGCCUCUAAGAACUGAUUUCAAACUCCUGAUGGCCAUCCAAAAAUGCCCCGGAGUUAAACACCUCACAUUCACCUGAGGCUGAACACCUGAACGAGGGGAGCACUCUCAAGAACCGAGUCCGUCUGGCAACAAAGAUUCCAUUUCGGCUCUUCUGUACCGAGUCCAAACUAAAACAGGAUUAGGAAUCCGAUGGAGGCGGUUGACUCUUCUUGCACGUCCCUGCUCACUUUUCUCUCCUCCAGUCUCUCAAAGAAUAUUAUCAAACGUUCUCAUUCUUCCGCUUUGUCUCGCGCUCUGUUUGCUUUCCUUUCCGUUUCAAACACAUGACAGAACAAACUCAGCUGUCAUUUGUAUCAACAGACAUCUCCAGAGUUGUAAGCUUUUCAACCUGUUUGUUGUUUCAGAGAUAGAAAAAAAAAUUAGAAAUGAUAUAUUAAAUUCCUAUAAAUAUAAAGAUUGAUAUAUAUUUUGAGUUGUUUCAUCUUAAUUCCCAGCCGUGGUGUUCGUUUGUGGCCUCAUGCGAUGUGGUCUGUGUGUGCAUGUGUAGACAAUUUAGAAAACAGAAAAAGUUGCACACAGUGUUACCACUCAUCAGAUUUCCAAAGACAGGGUUUUUUUUUGGUAAUGGAGCUCUAGUCUCCUACUCGUCUUCUAGUCAACACUUUCAAAUUCCUGCUUCUGUUCAAACUUGCCUUUUCUAUUUCUUAAAGAUCCUGUUUAAAGAAAAACGAAAAAAAUGCCUUCUUUGUUUUGAUUGAAACAACUCCAUGAAAAAAAAAAGGUUAAUUUUAUAACAUUUUUGAUAUAUAGAAAUGGCUUUCUAGAGUACCUUGGCUGUGGUACUUAUUAUAGAUGGGUAAGAAAACAACAAGGGGAACACAAAAUAGACCUCUUACAGCAGAUUUAGGGGGAGGUAGGAUUUCCACUGUAUGGAUUAAAGGAGGGACACUGUAGGACAAAAGACAAGAGUCCCAAGAGCUGUUCCUGUCCUUGAUUUUUUUUUUCCCCCCACACAGCUACCUUCAAAGACUUCACCCCACAGGCACAGGACGAUGAAGGCAGAGAAAUCCCUGGUUUAGACUGUUCGGAUUAACCAGGAGUCCAUUUCAUUUCUGUCAACCCAUGCACUAAUACCUGAAACUUCAGACACAACUAUUUGUCAAAAAAACAAAAAGGCCUCCUGUAUUUUAUGCAACUGUGCUCAUAGACGAAGUAGACACACAUACUCUUUUCUGUAGAUGCAUUAAAAUAGUAUUUACAAAAAUCAUAACAUGUACUAUUGUUUCCAAUCAUUCACUGGUAAAGUCCUUGUGCUUUCUAAAGUGGCCGUAUUGGAAGAGAAAUAGCCUAACAAAGAGUUUGCUGGCUGAUUUAUGUUCUCAUGGUACACUUGCUCUUGUUGCCAUAUGACAAAUAGGUACUUGAAUGUGUAGUUCUUUUGCAGUUGAGUUGUUUUAAUGGGAUGAUUGACUUUUUUUUUCUCCCCCUUUGUUUUGUGGUGGAGGGAAGCGGGAGGGUUGGGGGUCUCUAUAGCUGUGCAUGUUUUGUGAUUGAGUGGGGAGUGUAUUUUGUGUGUAAGUGGGAAAUGUUCUUGCUGGGCGGAUGGGGAUAAUGAGGGCAUGUUCAGUGUGGUGAAACACAAGGUUAGAGAGGGAAGGUGUGAAAAAACAAUUUAUUUGAAAGCCUCGGUUUAUAAAUCUGUUCUUUAUUCUAUUACAGGGAUCAUUUUGAAUUCAUUGUUUCGCAAUAUUUGUCCUAAAGUUGAAUAUAAUCUGUUGUGGACUAGAUUGGAUUUCUGCUGGCUCUUUAACAGCAUGUUGGGUUUCACCACACUGAACACAGUCCUGAAGUUUAGGUUUAUGUUUCAGAUAUUUCAGACACUGGGUUGAGAGAGGGAUAACAGGACGUUAGGAGGGAGAAAUGUUUAUUUUUUUUGAAUGUAUUUUUUUCUUCUACCAUUAUUCACACUGAUUCCACUGCAUGGACUGAGUACAAGCAGCACCUGUAGCUCUCCUCAUCAUGCCGUCAUUUAAUGAUGUAUAACAAGAUCUUUGGGUUCCCUUUUCUUUUUUGGGAGGGGGGGGGGUGACUUUAUUUUCUGUCUGAGGAAAAUACUCAUACAUGGAAAGAUCUGAUAGUUUUCAAUGGAAACUUUUGAGGUUUGAAAAAUCCUGAAUAAUUUAACUCUGACUUUGAAUCUGUCGAGUAAAAAUAAAUUGAUGUUGCGUAUUGACUGUGACUGCAACAGGCCAGCGAAUAAUUUGGAAACAGAUACACAACAGUUGACAUAAUAAGAUGACAUUCCUCAUGUGGGCUUUUAAGGAUAGAAAUCAACAUGUGAUCUAUUUCUCCUUCUGUCCUCUCUGCUCACUCUUUUUAUACAAGCUGAUGUGUGAUGGCAGUGAUAAAUUCCACAAUUGUUUUUUAUUUUUUUAAAUUUUAUUCCUGUGCUUUUUAGCUCUUUUAAAAAUGCUGUAUUUUGAGACCGAAUGAGGUAAAGAUAAGCUGAUUUGAAAGUAAUUUAUAACCCACUCACCUUCACCUUUGACUUUUUAGGAGACUAAAGGGAGGUGAGGUUUCUGAAACACAAAGGGUAUUACCAUCCCUUCUUCCUGUACUAAUUUCCCAGUAUGCUAAUGUGAUGUUACAGACCAUACAGUGAACAUAAACGUCAAUAAAUGAUGGAUUUAAGUUGAAACUGG